AUGGAAAAGUCUGAGCUGGAGUACAAUAAGCAGUACAACACUGAUGUGAAGGAACAAUUCCGCAUGAAGAUUUUCAUGGAUAACAAACACAAGGUUCUGGAACACAACAAAAAUUUUGCCCAGAAUAUGACUUCCUUCAAACUCAAACUUAACCACCUAGGAGACAUGUUGAGGCAAGAAAUUAUCUCUUCUAUGACUGGCUUCACUGAAAUGGACACCAAAAAUGGCGUCCAAAACAUAACUGCCAUCUACAUUCCUCCCGAUGACGAUGUGCUGCUGCCCUCCUCUGUUGACUGGCGCAAGAAGGGUGCUGUAACUGAAGUCAAGAAACAGGGGCAGUGUGCUUCAGGCUGGGCAUUCUCAACAACCGGGUCACUUGAGGGUCAGCACUUCCGCCGAUGGAGUCGUCUGCUCAACAUCUCGGAGCAGAACCUCAUAGACUGCUGCCACCUGUGUCAAGGAUGCCAGGGUGGACGUAUGGACUACGCUUUUCCAUACAUCAUGCAAAAUAAUGGCAUUGACAGUGAGAGUUACUACCCUUAUGAGGCCAGA